AUUAUAAAAGAUACAAAGAGCAGAUUAGAAUGGCUAUAUAAAGAGUGCAAGGUGUAAAUAUCUGCAUAGACAACAUCGGUGGUCUGGGGCAUAUGCUAAAACAGAUGUCAGACAUGGAUACUGUAGAGAACAGCAUUAGAGGCAAUGGCGAGAUAGCCGAGAAAGAAGAGCACCAACACCAUACCAGUAAGACGGAGCAUCGACGAGGAGGCAUCAGAACCUUACCCUUCAUCCUUGCAAAUGAAUUGUGUGAUAGAUUUGCGAGCUCUGGUUUUCAUGCAAACAUGAUAAGCUACCUCACUCAGCAGCUGAACAUGCCAUUGGUAUCUGCCUCAGUCACGCUCACCAACUUUAAUGGAACUUCUAGCUUCACUCCUCUCUUUGGAGCUCUCAUUGCUGACUCCUUUGCUGGCCGAUUUUGGACCAUUGUUGUCGCUUCUUUCAUCUAUGAACUGGGAUUGAUUGUUAUAACUGUAUCAGCUAUACUGCCCCAUAUGCACCCUCCACCAUGUCCAACUCAAGUGAACUGUACAGAAGCCUCAUCCUCUCAAAUGUUAAUACUCUACCUCUCUCUCUUACUCAUAUCACUAGGCACAGGGGGCAUUAGACCUUGUGUUGUGCCCUUUUCGGCAGACCAAUUUGACAUGACAAAAAAAGGGGUGGCAUCAAGAAAGUGGAACCUCUUCAAUUGGUACUUUUUCUGCAUGGGGUUGGCUUCUCUUAGUGCUUUGACCAUUGUUGUUUACAUUCAAGACAACAUGGGAUGGGGUUGGGGCCUUGGAAUUCCAACCAUUGCCAUGCUCAUAUCCAUCAUUGCCUUUGUGUUGGGCUCACCGCUCUAUAAGACAGUGAAACCACACGGUAGUCCAUUGGUUCGUUUGACACAAGUGGUUGCAGCUGCGAUAAAGAAGAGGAGGGAGGCUUUGCCUGAGGAUGACAAGCUUUUGUACCAAAAUUGGGAGCUUGAUGCUGCUAUUUCUUUGGAAGGAAGGCUUCUACACUCUGAUCAAUUCAAAUGUUUGGACAAGGCUGCAAUUGUGACAAAUGAAGAGGGUAGUGAUCCAAAUGCACCACCAAACUUAUGGAAACUAGCCACAGUCCACAGAGUUGAGGAGCUAAAAUCCAUGGUUAGAAUGCUUCCAAUUUGGGCCUCAGGAAUAUUGCUCAUAACCGCUUCAUCAAACCAGCAGAGUUUUGUGAUUCAACAGGCUCGCACAAUGAACAGACACCUCUCUCACUCCCUCCAAAUCCCUCCAGCAAGCAUGUCCAUCUUCAACGUCCUAACCAUGAUGGUAGGCGUCGUUCUCUACGAACGCCUUUUCGUUCCCUUUGCUUUUAGACUCACAAAGAACCCUUCUGGAAUCACAUGCCUGCAGAGAAUGGGAGUAGGUUUUGUGGUUAGCAUCUUUGCCACACUAGUUUCUGCAUUGGUGGAAAUCAAAAGAAAAUCAGUUGCUGCAAAGUACAACUUAUUGGACAGUCCAAAUGCCACUAUUCCUAUUAGUGUGUUCUGGUUGGUGCCUCAGUAUUGUCUUCAUGGUGUGGCUGAAGUUUUCAUGGUUGUGGGACAUUUGGAAUUUCUCUAUGAUCAAUCACCUGAAAGCAUGAGAAGCACCGCUACAGCGCUAUACUGCAUAACUACUGCCAUUGGGAACUACGUUGGCACACUAUUGGUGACAUUGGUUCAUAAGUAUUCUGGCAAUGAGAGGAAUUGGUUGCCUGAUAGGAACCUCAAUAGGGGUAGAUUGGAGUGCUAUUAUUUUCUUAUUAGUGGGAUUCAGGUUGUGAAUCUUAUUUAUUAUCUAAUAUGCGCUUGGUUUUAUACCUACAAGCCCUUGGAGGAAAUUGGUGAUAUAAACAAGCAAGAAGACAUGGAAAAGGACAUUGAAAAAAUCAAACAUGAAAAUUUGUUAGAGGGGUAGGGAGGGAGAAGAUAGAGAGAGUUUGCAAAGAAUGAAUGAAUUGAUGUUCUUGUUGAUGUUGGAAUCUGAUAAUUGUUCAAUUCCUCAUUGAAUGUAACCACAUGCCAGGGCGUUUCUUGUUAUUUUCUAAUGUGCUUUAGUCUUUUGACAUUAAUGAAUGAUGAGUGAUUUCAUUUCCUUAAAA